AUGUUUGUGCUUGAAAAGAAAACGCUUUUGUCAUCUGUCGUAGCCUUUUUUUUACUGCGAUGGCUUCUGUAUCGCGUAUUUCGUCAUCGCCGUGGUGAAAAACUUGUACCGGGCAGCAUUGCGGUCAUCACCGGUGGGGGAUCUGGCAUCGGCCUGGAGUUCGCAUAUCUUUUUGCCCGGGCCGGCUGUCAUGUUGUGCUUGUCGGUCGCAAUGCCGAAAAUUUGCAUGCGGCGCGGGCCUCGUGCUUAUCGUUGGGGGCACCAACCGCCGAGGUUGUCGUGGCAGACCUCAGCACGGUGGAGGGCACCGACAAAGUGGGCGACGCGCUGCAGGGACGGCAAGAGCCCCUCAAGUACGUAGUCCUCAACGCUGGGGCGGGCGCGAUUGUCCCCUUUUCAAGUGAUCCAAGCUUCAACGAUGUCUGUGACAAAAUGAUGCAGAUUAAUUACUUUUCCAACGUUCGUCUACUGCAGCACCUAUUGCCAGCACUCGAGAAGUCAAACUCCGCGGCCUGUUCGUCGCGGGUCAUCGUCUUGUCAUCUUUGGCAGGCGUACUGCCUUCAGUGUACCGCUCUGCAUAUACGGCAUCCAAGCACGCCAUUCAAGGAUUCAUGAACGCACUA